CGGAGAAACCCCAACAGGCGACCCACGGUAACUGCCGGUCUUUCUUAUCUUAAACCUCUAAAACCUCAAACAGCCCUGCUUGGCUGCUUUGGUUUGCUUUCCCCUGUUUUCUUCUUCACGCCUCUCUACGGAGAUAUGGCGUCCGUCGUUUCUUCGACAAAGAUUUCUUUCUCCAUCUGUCCUAGCGAACCGUCUCUCCAUUUCCUUUCCCAUUCAAAUUUUCAAAGCAUCAAUUUUCGGACCAAAAUCAGACUCACUGUAAAAUGCACAGCCACGAACCAGCCGAGCCAGCAGCAUAGUAAGAAGGAUCCAAAGAAGAAGGAUAAAAAUGAAGAAGGUGACGAGAAAGGAGUAAACCCAGUUGGUUUUCUCACCAGACUGGGAAUUACCCAUAAACAAUUUGCUGUCUUUCUCCGUGAAAGGCAUAAAGCAUUCAAGGACCUCAAAGAAGAAAUUUUCAAGAGACAGUUUAUGGUCAAGGACAUUGCUUAUGGAUUUGAGCUACUUGGUCUACACAGACAUCCAGAGCAUCGCAUGGAUUUCAUGGAUUGGGCACCAGGUGCUCGUUAUUGUUCACUAGUUGGUGACUUCAAUGAUUGGUCACCAACAGAGAAUUCGGCUAGAGAGGGCCUUCUUGGCCAUGAUGAUUAUGGUUACUGGUUUGUUGUACUUGAAGAUAAAUUAAGGGAAGGAGAAGAGCCUGAUGAGCUUUAUUUUCAGCAGUACAACUAUAUGGAAGACUAUGAUAAAGGGGAUAGUGGCGUCGACAUUGAGGAAAUCUUCCAGAAAGCAAAUGAUGACUACUGGGAACCAGGAGAGGAUGAGUACAUGAAAAAUCGUUUUAAAGUGCCAGCAAAGUUGUACGAACAACUUUUCGGGCCUAAUGGACCGCAAACAUUAGAAGAACUUGAAGAGACACCACUGGAAGACGGGCAAACAAGAUAUGAGAAAUGGAAAGAACAGCAUAAGGAUGACCCUCCAAGUAACUUGCCUUCAAUGCAUGUGAUUGAUCAAGGAAAGGAGUAUGACAUUUUUAAUGUUGUAAGUGAUCCUGCUUGGCUAGAGAAAAUUCGUUCUAAAGAGCCUCCCCUACCAUAUUGGCUUGAGAUACGUAAGGGAAGAAAAGCAUGGUUGAAGAAGUAUAGUCCAGCUGUUCCUCAUGGAAGCAAAUACAGGGUCUAUUUCAACACUCCUAGUGGGCCAUUGGAAAGAGUACCUGCUUGGGCUACCUACGUACAACCAGAUCCGGACGGGAAGCAAGCUUAUGCCAUUCACUGGGAACCACCUCCUGAGUGUGCCUAUAAGUGGAAGUACACAUCCCCCAAGGUUUCAAAAUCCUUACGGAUAUAUGAAUGCCAUGUUGGGAUCAGUGGCUCUGAACCGAAAAUAGCGUCUUUUAGUGAUUUCACUGAGAAGGUUCUUCCUCAUAUUAAAGAAGCUGGGUAUAAUGCUAUUCAGUUGAUUGGAGUUGUUGAGCACAAAGAUUACUACACUGUUGGUUAUAGAGUCACCAACUUUUUUGCUGUUAGCAGUAGAUAUGGAACCCCAGAUGACUUCAAACGCUUGGUUGAUGAGGCACAUGGACUGGGAUUGCUGGUGUUCUUAGAGAUCGUUCAUUCCUAUGCUGCUGCAGAUGAAAUGGUUGGACUGUCAUUGUUUGAUGGCUCAAAUGAUUGCUACUUCCAAACUGGAAAACGGGGGCAUCAUAAAUUUUGGGGUACCAGAAUGUUCAAAUAUGGUGACCAAGAAGUACUACAGUUCCUACUCUCAAAUUUAAACUGGUGGGUCGUGGAGUAUCAAAUAGAUGGUUUUCAAUUCCACUCACUCUCAUCAAUGAUCUACACACAUAACGGCUUUGCUUCUUUUACAGGAGAUUUGGAAGAGUACUGUAAUCAAUAUGUAGACAAAGAUGCCUUACAGUAUCUCAUGUUUGCAAAUGAGCUCUUGCAUGCUAUUCAUCCUAAUAUCAUCACAAUUGCUGAAGAUGCAACAUCCUAUCCAGGACUCUGUGAGCCAAUUUCUCAAGGUGGACUGGGAUUCGAUUACUAUGUCAAUCUUUCUGUGUCAGAGAUGUGGUUAUCAUUGCUUCAGACUGUGCCUGGCCAUGAAUGGAGUAUGAGCAAGAUUGUCAGCACAUUGAUGGGCAACAAACACUAUGCUGAUAAGAUGCUGGUGUAUGCUGAAAAUCACAACCAAUCCAUCUCGGGAGGGCAGUCGUUUGCUGAGAUUUUGUUUGGCGAGGCAAAUAAGCAGUCUUCUGGUUCCGAGGCAGUCGUGCUUAGGGGUUUGGCAGUACUCAAAAUGAUGAGACUGAUAACUUUCACUUUAAGUGGCGGGCACGCUUACCUCAAUUUCAUGGGCAAUGAAUUUGGGCACCCCAAGGCAAGUCUCUGUCUGGUCGAGUUCCCAAUGCAGAGCAACAAUUUUUCUUAUUCACUUGCGAACCGCCAGUGGGAUCUGCUAGCAAAUGUUGGUUUGCAUCAGCAUCUGUUUUCCUUUGAUAAGGAUCUAAUGAGUCUGGGAGAAAAUCAAAAGGCAAUCUCAAGAGGUUUGCCAAAUGUCCACCAUUUGGAUGACACCACCAUGGUGAUAGCUUACAUAAGAGGUCCUCUCCUCUUUGUGUUAAACUUCCAUCCAACCGAUUCCUACCCGACAUACAACGUUGGUGUCGAAGAAGCCGGAGAGUAUCAAAUCAUACUGAACACUGAUGAUGAGAAGUAUGGUGGGGAGGGACUAAUAGAUGCCGGGAAAUAUCUUCAGAGAACCGUUGUUAGAAGAGUGGAUGGCUGUCGAUACUGCUUGCAGUUACAAUUGCCUAGCAGAAGUGGCCUGGAUGACGAGAAGCUGUCUGCCGUUAUUCUGCAGUUUUGGCCCGACUGAACUAAGAUGAUGGUACAGGGUACUUGGAUUUGACAGUGAAAACCUGAAGCAGAGUAUUUUUGUCUUUGAAGUGGGCAGAUCUCUUCAACUAUGAUCUCAAAUGUCUGCUGUUGGAUGGUCAUCUAUACAGUUAAACGGUUGUGAAAAGGGAUGCUAUUUUCAUGCUGUCAUGACUGAUCGGCUGCAGACCGUCGAGCAAAUGCAAUCUAUGGGCUCUCGGGCAAAUGCAAUCUACUACCGGUCUGAAGGUGAAACACAAACUCUCUGCAUCAGUUUUUUAUGAGUACAUUAGAGGUCGUUUGGCAACCAUGUAUGUAGGAUAUAUAAAUAUCAAUGAACAUGUGUUUUAUACAUGUAACUAGCUUCGACCCCUGCCCAAAAGGGCAGGUAGCUUUUUCGUUUUUGUGUUUGUGUAGCAUAUCGUUAUUAAGUAACAAAUUUUCUAAAAUCACGUAGGUAGUUUCUGUAAAAAAAAGAUCAAAUAGAGUCAUUAAACGUUUUUACUCUCUCUAGAACGCAAAAUUCACCUUUUAUAUA